AUGGUAAAUCACACCCCCCUCGGAGGAGUCAUGAAGACCAAGUCGGUCAGGCCCAGAGCACAAUGCCUGGCACAGGGUGUUGACAGCCAGGCUUCCAGCCUCUCCCAGUCUAUUCAUGUGUGCUCCGUGUCCUUUCAGUUGUGCAAGAGUGUGGGAGGUGAAAGAGGGUGUAUGAAUGACCUCAAGUCCAUGAUUGUCAAACUGCUCAUGUUUGUGGACAAACUCUUCUACUGGGACUGGAAGGAUGAACAGGAUCUUCUCCUGGCGGCUGCCUAUGUUUCUGAUGCCCAGUACAACAGGAAUGUUCCAUUUGAGACAUCCCCUCAGGCCAUCAGAUUUUACUAUUUUUAUAACCACUGGACCAUGCAAGUAGCCACCUACUUCUUCAUUUGUGUAGAUCUUUCUCUCGCCCUGUUCGAGGAACCCGCAUUGUUUCCACUGCCUUUCUUGGCUACCUCGAUAGCAGAAGUACUCUGCCUGACCGCAUUCUUUGGGAGACUUGUACAUUUUGCAAAAGUCACUCCUCAAGUGGUUUUCUGGAAGGAUACAAAAAACAUCUGCAUCGUGGUAACGAUAGUGCUGACCUUGAUUGAUCUGAUUAUCUAUGGGUCCCUGGAAGCUGUUAACAUCCACAGCGUCCGAUGGUCAAGGGUCUUAAGGCCAGUCUUCCUAAUUAACUUCCCCGAAAGUCGUCAGAUCCGCAGGGCUUUCCGAAGCAUCCGGAACACUCUGCCUGAUAUCCUCUACGUGUUUCUCUUGUUUAUGUUCAGUGUGCUCAUGUUUUCCCUCAUGGCCUUGAAGCUUUUUGGGGAUAGGGGUCUUAAAACAGUGGAAGGAUCACCGUACUUCACGAACAUCCUGGAGAUAGCGUUUGAGCUCUACGUGCUGGUCACGACCGCUAACAGCCCUGAUGUCAUGAUGCCUGCCUAUGACUUCAAUUGGUGGUAUUCUCUGUACUUUAUAACCUACGUCAUCAUCAACACCUACAUCUUCAUGUCCGUCUUUCUGGCCGUGGUCUACAACAAUUACAGGAAGCACCUAAAGAAUGAGAUUCGCAAACUGGUGUACCUGAAACGUCACAAAAUGAUGGAGGCUUUCAACAUUCUGAAAGUCAAGGUGGGCACCGAGUUUGUGGUUGAGGAGGCCCAGUGGAAGCGGCUGGCCCAGGUCGUGGCGCCAGACAUCAGCAGCUCCCACCUGGAGCUCCUUUUGAGGAUCUCCGACGAGGGACAGAAGGGGCACGUGGACAAAAUGAACUUUCUACGCUUGGCUGACCUCCUCAAUAUCCGGGUGAUCGCCGUCAACAUCAAGAGACACCCGUUGGAAGCCUGGGUGCCCCGGGUGUACCAGUCGUCGGCAAGCCUCUGGGUCCAGAAGAUGGUUCGGCACAGGGCUUUUGUCUGGGUUUAUGACAUCAUCAUUCUAAUCAAUGCCAUAUUCAUUGCUCUGGAUGAGAGAAACCCCUUCAUUGCCUAUGCAGAAUGGCUUUUCCUUUCUCUCUACAUUAUUGAGAUUCUCCUGAAACUGUACACGUAUGAGCCCAGAGCCUAUUUUGGAAGAAGGCAGUUCUGGAACUGGUUUGAUGUGCUGAUCAUCAUCGCAGCCCUGGUGGCCACUGUGGCCAACACCACCAUUCAGUCAGCAAGAAAAUACAACAGUCAGCAGAUACUGGAUAUCGUCUUGAUAUUGCGAAUACUCCGGCUCUUACGGGUCAUUGUCAGCAUUCAGAGGUUCCGGGUUAUCGUGACCACCUUAAUUAACAUCGGCCCCACCAUGCUGACAUUUGGCGGCCUUGUCCUGGUGGUCUACUACGUGUUUGCUAUCAUUGGGAUGGAAGUGUUCCAUGGCAAAGUCCGGUUCUUCGACCCGAAUUUCACCACCCCUGAUGCCCCGGUGUGUGGGAACCCAGCCCUGAAGGACUCGGCCUUUGCCCGGAGCAGGUACUGUAAGAACAACUUCAACGACCUCGCCUCAGCGUUCGUCGUGCUGAUGGAGCUCACGGUGGUGAACCAGUGGCACGUCGUUGCAGGCGGCUUUGCCCUCGUGACUCACCAGGCGGCAAAGUUGUACUUCAUCGGGUUCCACAUCGUGGUCGUCAUCCUCAUUGUAAAUAUUUUCAUAGCGUUCAUCUUGGAGGCGUUUUUUGUGGCAUACUCGUUGGAAAAGAGCGAAGUAGAAACCGCUAUUGAGAAGAAGAUUCAAGAGCUUGGAGUGGGAAUCCAAGAGGAAGAUGUGCAGGACGGGAAGCUCAUUGAUAACGUGGACGCCAAGGACGGUGGCUUUAGUGGGGAUGAUGGAGACAACAAAAGGAAGGCCUUGAAAGGAUUGUACUUCAGAAUUGCCUCAAAAAAAUACAGGACCGUGGAUGCCUUGCUGCAGCAGAUGUUUGAGUCUGAAAUUGCUCCUGAGGAUGAAGGCCCCUCCUUGGAUGAGAUUCUGAACUCCUCACCCAGUGACAUAUAUCCCAAGACUCCCAGUUUUGAAAACAGUGCAUGAUACUGGGUUUGUAAGGGCCCUCAACUGGAAACCGAGAUAAGCUGUCAUCACUUUUGCAUACGCUGUCUAGACGUUAUUUUCCUAGCCCGGGUUCCCUUCGGUGUUCUGAUAAGCCUGUGAAUUGGCCUCACCUGUGUGACUGGUCAGCUGAAAGGUGUGGAAAGGCUGCCUCUGUGUGCCCCACCUGAGGUUGUUCUGAGGCCUGAUCAUGGAGGUAAAGAACGGAAAAUUUAUGAAGAUUGCGAGGAGCACUUAUCAUACACAUGUACGUAGGCAUGUAAAGUCCGUUCAAUGGGUAUUUAAAGGU